AUGGCUGAUGUACAGAGCCUGAGCGAAGACGAUGGACACAGCCACAACUCUUCGCAAGGGCGAGACCGGUUGAUGGUAGGAAGGAGAGAUCUGAAGAUGAUCGCAGUUUUCUUAACCGCCUCUGUAUUGAUGUGCCUACUCUUCUACCAUUACCAAUCUCCCAUUCAAGCCUUCAGUAAAGGCCUUACCGACAUGGAUAUUAUGUGGCUUCGAGAUCCCUUUCCUCAUCUAUUCUCGGAAGGAGAUUUCCAAGUCUCAUGUGACAGCUAUAAUGGCAACUCUGCUGACAAGAGAAAUUUUGUCAAUACUGGUUUCAAAUAUGUCCGAGCCAAUAAUCGAACAGUCAAGUUCUACAAGUAUUGGUACGGGGCCAGAUGGAGAUUCCGCGGCAAGAAGGACCAGGAUGUAUUCAACAAGAUCAAAUACAACCGAUAUAUCACGGAAAAAAUCAGGCUCAAGAUAAAGUUUCUAGAAACAGUUUACUUCCGAGGGUUCUGCCAGUUGAGACGUGAGAUGAAUAAAGUAUGCACUAUGCAUGCGAAUUGCUGUGUUGGUCUACAAAAUAAGGUUUUGGAUUUGAGGCAGGUACUUGAGGAUUGGAAGUAUUAUUUAUCUGCGGCCGCAACAGCCGAUAGCCGGAAUAUGACAUGGCGAUCACCGGAUCAUUGCUGGGGAAGAGUGAAGAAGUCUAAUAAAAAAAGGGUUUAG